UCCUCCUCCUCCUGGAUAUCUGACCGAAAGGGCAGGAGUCCAAAAGCCGAGAAGGGAGAGAGAGGAGAAGAGAGGCCAGCAGCCAUGAGCUACGUCGUCCGACCCUGGGCUCUGAGGGACCUCAAGGAUGUCAUGCGACUGAUUCGAGAAGGGGCAACAUUUCACAAGGCUUUGGAUCAGGUCAAAACUACCCCCGAAGUGCUGAGGGAGGAUGGCUUCGGGAUGGACCCCAAGUUUGGCUGCCUGGUAGCCGAAGUUCCCCCUGACCAGAGGAGCAAAGACGGGCACACCGUCGUCGGGUACCAGUUCCAUUAUUUCAGCUACUGCACCUGGAAAGGGCGGAUUGUUUUUGGGGAGGAUCUGUACGUCAUGCCAGAGUUCAGAGGCAAAGGAAUUGGCACCAGUUUACUCAGCCAAGUGGCCAAGCUCGCGCUGGCACACGGCUGCAGCCAGUUCCGGUUCGUGUUGGCCAACUGGAACCAGCCGGCCAUGGCGCUGUAUGAGAAACUGGGGGCAAUCAACGUGACAGCGAGGGACAACUGGGUCGUCUGGCACAUCGAGGGGCGGGCCAUGCAGGAGCUGGCGGAGCGGGUGACACAAUGAAAUGUUGCUGCCAGGAGGCAGCCGGGGAGAGAACCCAGGAGUCCUGGCUCCCAGCCCCCUCUGCUCUGACCCACCAGCCCCCACUCGCCCCCCAGAGCCGGGGAGAGAACCCAGGAGUCCUGGCUCCCAGCCCCCUCUGCUCUGACCCACCGGCCCCCACUCGCCCCCCAGAGCCAGGGAGAGAACCCAGGAGUCCUGGCUCCCAGUCCCCCCUGCU